AUGGCCGCUGAAGAAAAAAACGAUCAGGAGUUGUUAAGCAAGGCUAUUGGAGCAAUGUCGAAUGUAUAUGUUCCAUACAGUAGAUUCCCAGUUGGAGCUGCCUUACUGUGCGCAGAUGGAACUGUGAUCACUGGAGGAAACAUCGAAAAUUCCUCGUACGGAGCUACUAUAUGUGCAGAACGUAGCGCAGUAGUUCGAGCACUGGCUGAAGGGCAUCGUGAGUUCAAAGCUAUUGCUGUGGCUACAGAACUUAAAGAACCAGCUUCACCGUGUGGUAUCUGCCGUCAGGUUCUCGUUGAAUUCGGCGACUUUAAGGUAAUAAUGGGAUCAUCAAAGUCAGACAAAAAAAUAAUUACCACAACCUAUGGCUUACUUCCUUAUGCAUUUACUCAAAAAUCACUUGACGAUUUUGCUGCACAGACGAAAGCAUGA